AUGGAGCCUGAGAGCUGGGGCCCGGGCGGAGUGGGAGUGGGGCGGGGCGGAGGGGCCCAGGGGCUGGAAGCAGCGCCGAGAGGGCGCGGCCGGGCACGGACCCGGGCUCCGGGCAGCGGGCCGCCCCGAGGGCGGAGGGGAGUGGCCCGCCGCGGCCUUAUUUCCUCAAGCGCCGGCGCAGCUCACUUGGAGCCUGUCCGUCGAACGCCGCGCCCGCCCGCGUCCAUGCCGCCCCGCCUGCAACCGCCGCCCGCCUCUGGGACCAGGCGCCCGCGCGCCGCGGUUCUGCCGCUCGCGCUGCUGCUGUCGCUCGCCCUGCAAGGGGUGGCGGCGGCACCCGCGGGGGCCGGGGAGCCCGAGCACUCCCUUCGGCGCCGGGAUCCGGAGCUCCCGCGCGGACUCCUGGAGCAGGCGGCGCGCGCGGCGCUGCACUUCGUCAACUUCCGCGCGGGCUCGCCCAGCACCCUGCGCGUGCUCGCCGACGUGCUGGAGGGCCGCGCCAGGGUUAAUCCAAAGAAGGAAUGUCAGGUUGACCUGGUGUUUACCACAGAUCACUAUAACCCAGAGGAAGGUGAGGAACGUUUGGGGAAAUGUUCCGCUCGAGUGUUUUUCAGGAAUCAGAAACCCAGACCGGCCGUUAAUGUGACUUGUACACGACUCAUUGAGAAGAACAAAAGACAACAGGAGGAUUACCUGCUUUACAAGCACAUGAAGCAACUCAAAACCCCCUUGGAUGUAGUCAGCAUACCUGAUAGCCACGGACAUAUUGAUCCCUCUCUGAGACCCAUUUGGGAUUUGGCUUUUCUUGGUGGCUCUUAUGUGAUGUGGGAAAAGACAACCCAGUUUUUACAUUACUACAUGGCACAGCUCAGCAGUGUUAACCAAUGGAAAACAAAUGACGAUGCAAUUGAUUUUGAUUAUACCGUUCUACUCCAUGAAUUCUCAACACAGGAAAUCAUUCCUUGUCGUAUUCACUUGGUCUGGUACCCUGGCAAACCACUUAAAGUGAAGUACCACUGUCAAGAGCUACAGACACCAGAAGAAGCCUCUGGAACUGAAGAAGGUUCAGCUGUGGCACCAACAGAGCUCAAUAAUUUCUGAAAAGAAAAAAGGUCUGCUUAUACCAAAUUCUAAACAAAAUGACUCUAUUAAAUAGUGUAAAUCAUUAUUCUGGCAAAAUAGGUAAGGUAUAAAGUAUUGUAAUAUUUUUUAGAAAGCCUGCAGUUAUAAUACUUAACAAUUAAAAGAUGCUGGGGUUUUUGUUUUUCGAUUGGUUUGGUUUAUUUUGUUAAUUCUGGGAACACAGGCAUACUGAACUCUGCUCAGCGCUAAACAGUUUACUCCACAAGUUUCUCAGGGUUUCAGCCCUAAAAUGUAAAAGAACAAUCAAUUGGUAUAUACUGUAAUUGGGUCAGUAUUUAGCAAAACAAAAAUUGAUGGUCUUACCUUUAAAGCUGUAUUUCUCAUUACUUUGAACAUAGCAAAGCCAACUAUUUUCUGUUGCUAAAUUCCUUCUACUUAGUAUAUAAAAAAUAUAGUUCAAUGAAAGCAAAUUGCAGGGAAAAUAAUACCAGUUUAGAACAAACUUUUUUUUUUAUCAUUUCAAGCAAGUAUUCUUUUUUUGAUAUCUACUUUUCUAUAUAAAAUGUGUUGUGUGUGUUUAUAGAGAUUUGUAUCCAUAAGCAAAAUUUGUGCUAAACUGAAUUAAAUGAACUCUUAAUAUUGCUUAAUUCAAAUUUUAUAAAUAAAGUGUUUCAUGGAUAAA